CUGGUCCCUGGGGCGCAACGGAGCCCAGGCGACCGUUUAUAAGCAAGCCAUUUCCUUCAUACCAUGAAGCAGCUGCAGCAGCAGCAGGCUUUCUAUAACUUCAAGCUCGAAGUCUGAAACAGAAUAGGGAAAAUUGGAGAGGCAAAAAUACAGACAUGUGCUACUCCAAGUGCCUCGUUUCUAGAAAAGGUGCCAUUUGGGUUGCGGCUUAUUGUCUCAAAAGGCUCAAGAAAGCUCAGGUCAAAGAGACUGACAUUUCGUCCUCCGUCGACAAGAUCUUGCAAAAUGAAAUGAACUUUGACUCAUAUAGAGUGCUUUCUUAUCUUCUUCUUGGUGUCGUCAGAAUAUAUUCAAAGAAGGUUGAGUAUCUUUUCCAUGAUUGCAAUGAGGUGCUCAUCAAAAUUAAGAAAUUUACAAUCGAUACGGAAAAGAAUGCACGCAAGGAAACCUUGCGUAUGUCUAUUACUGUACCAGAUAGAUUUGAACUGGAUGCUUUUGAUUUGGAGAUCGUUGAAGAUGUGGGCGGAGGCAACAUUGCUCCCAAGGAGGACAUCACUCUUAAAGAUGUAUUAUGGAAAGAUGAGGGAAUUGGACGGAUUUCUCUAGACAAGUAUCAAUACGAGGAGUUUGAUUUCUGUCCAAAUACCUGCUCUGCUGAUCCUCAUAUUCUGGAAGAUCUUCAACUGUGUCAACUGAUGGACAACUAUGAGGUCAGCCCACCAAAUAGUCCAAUUAAUUUACAGGUAGGAAAGGGUAAAUUUCAAGAGAGAUUAUUUUCUCAGGAGGAACCAGUGAAUUUGGACCCUAUUUCUGGGGUUGAAGGAGUACGCACAGCACCUAUCAAAUCUCAAGAUCAACAAAUUGACAAAGAGCAGAAAGUUGCCGAAACUGCACCACGUGAAGAUGGUAUGCAUGAGGAAAGAAGUUUGGAGAAGAUUAUAUCAUGUGGGAUCUCUCAAGAGGAGCUUGAGGAUGUGAGAAUGUUUUCCAGAAGGGAGGAGGAACCUGAAGUCUCUUUUGCUGUAUCCCAUCAGGCUGGUGAAGAGCGUGUUAAGGCGAGGGAAACAGCAAACUCAGACUGCCAAAUUUAUCAAGAAAUUGGAAUUUCACCUAGAAGCAUGGAAGGGCUUCAAGAUGAUAAAUGCAAUAAAAAAGAAUGGUUGGAGUAUGGCAAGUCUUCCAUUGCCAAGGAGAAGAUUGAAAAACCUAUGGUAGAGUCUGCUGAAAAACUUCAUGAUGUAGGAAAACCAAAUUUACUAGAAAGAGUUUCAAGAAAAGACGGAAAAUUUGAUGAAGAGAAGAUUAAAGUUAAUGAAACAGCAAACUCAGAAUGCCCAAAGCAUCUGGAAGUUGAAGAAGUUCGUGAGGCAAGGGAUUCACCAGUCAGCGUGGAAAGUCUUGAAGAUGAUAUAUUUAAUAAAAAAGAUUGCAUGGACCCUGAUAAGUCUACACCUUCCAGGGAGAAGAUUGAAAAACUCAUUGAAGGGUCUGCUGAAAAGCAUCAUAAGAAAGGCAGAUUAAAGUUACAAGAAGCUUCAGUUGAAGAUGAAAAAUUUCCUGUGAUUCCACCGGAGUCAAACAUUCCUGAGAUAACUCCUCAAACUAAGUUUCAGAAUGAUUCACUUGCAAAACCAAAACGAGGUGCUACUAUGUCAGAGUCUAUGCGUAUUUCUACACCAGCUGUGAAAGAGCGUGCUCGCUUUUCAAGGAAGAGAAAAUGUGUUUUUGAUGGAUUGAUAGUCUUGCCUAAUGAGGUGCUUCGACAGAGCAUACAUGAUGCCAGUGACUUAAUUUCCAAACGGAGAAAAGUUCCCCGUCCUGUACCUCCUGCUUGGAAAGCUUCUCGUGUUUACAGUCUUCCUGAGCGCUUCUAUGAAUCUUUCUUGCCUUGCGAUUCAUUAGAGCUCCAAAUUCUGUUCUCUAAAAAGAAAAUCAAGAUGUUAAAUUCCAUUAAAAUUGAGGAAACCCCGAGGAAAUUAGAUGAAUCAGAGUCUCAAACUGUUGGCAAGCUAGAGCUUAGUGGGCCUGCUCCAAAUACCCCUCCUCAGUUCUCAACAUCUCGGCCAAAUUAUUUUCAAAGCAGCAAAACAACUCAAAACUCAGACAAUUUAAGACCUUCAAGUCGACUUGAAUGUGUUGAGAGAGACGAAUCUUUGAAAAGGGGUGGAGAACUUCAUCUGGUGAAAGAGGGUAACGUGGAAACUUCAAGUCCACAUGCAAGCAUGGCAGGAGAACAAUGUUUUAGAAGGGAUGAAGAACUUGAUUUGAUGAUUGAGGAGACAAAUUCAAUUGAAACUGAGAAUUCAGACUUAUGUGGAUGGUCUAGGCGAACCACGAAAGUUGCCAGAUACUUGCAAAGACAUUUUCUGGAUCUAAGGAAACAAAGAGAAGAAGUUGUUCUGAAUUUUUCCCAAGUUCUGCUAGGACGGGCCAAGAAAGAAUGUGCAAGGCUAUUUUAUGAAAUAUUGGUUUUGAGAACUACUAGCUGUUUGGAUGUAAGGCAAAAUAAUGCUUAUGGUGAUAUUUCCAUCCAGAAGCUCCCAAAACUGGAUCAAUCUUUUGGAGUUGAUGACCCGUAGAAUCACAGGUAAAUUUUGGAGUAGCAAAGAGGAAAGACACAAUAGGUUCACAGUAAAGCACAGUAGGAGGAGAUCAUACCCCACCAAGUGCAGUAGUUGAAGACGACUUUUAGUAUAGUGGACCCUCAAAUUCGUCGGCUUUGGAUCCAAUCUUACAUCUGUUCAAUGCUACAUCAAUACACGUUGAGCAACUUUCUGAUAGCUCGACACUGCUGGAUUGCAUCUGCAGCCAAAUUGAUUCGAGAGGAGUGUUGGAAGUAACAGAUUAAUUGGAAUAUAGGGGUUUUAGUAGAUAUUUCUAGGGACGAUUUCACUGUACAUCAUUAUUUGUGUUUAUAGUUUCUUAGUUAGAUGUGGCGCUGCCAAGUUAUCAGCUGUAGGUUCCUUGUACAGUUGACAGACUCCUCGUAUACGGGAAGCUACUGAAAUUCCAAGUAGGUAAUGUUAUUCGUUCUCUAUAAUAUCUUUAAAUUACAAGUCUUAUUAUUCACUAGUGAGAAUAAUGUGGGCUUUCUGCAGCCAUAUAUAUCGAUGAUGAUGAUGACCAGUGUUCGCUGUUCGACGUA